AUGGAUCAAUGUAAAACUUAUUCUCGCAUUCGAUCAAUAUCUUCAUAUCAGUCUAAACAUAGAGUUUCUAAUAAGUCUCGUGAUUAAAUCAAUCCUUAAAAGAGGUCUGUAACAUUUAGCGGUGAUGUUGAUUUAAUACAAUCAAUAAGUUGCCAAGAAAAUUUGCUUGAUUUAAUAGGAAAGGUAUAGAAAUAAUAAUAAUAAUACCUUUUAUCUCUUUAAAAUUCUUAAAUGAAACUACUUCCACCUUUGAAAGUUGGAUAGGAUGAAUAUAAGAUAUAAAAGCAACAAGCAAAAAAAUAAAUUAAUAAACAAUAUAAUGAAUUUUCUAUACCUAUGGAUCCUUACAAAAAGCAAUUGUAUUAAAAAUUAAAUAUAUAUGGAAAAUUCAUAGAGCCAACCAAUUAUAAAUAAGUUGAUUACUAAUAGAUUUAGACAUUGUAUAUUUUAAUAUUAAUAUAUUAGCAACCCAACAAUUUCUUAAAUAUAAUUUUAAGAAUGCAAUCAUAAUGAAUAACCUAUCAAAAUAUAAGAAAAAGAUAUAUAAUAAAAAAUGGAUAAAUAAUUUUAAUAAAAUAAUAAUAAUAAUAUAUCAAAAUUUGAUCAACAAUAUAAUUCUAACUUUGAUCAUGAUUAUGAUUUAUUCUAUGAAUAAUAGAAAAUGAAUAAAAUUAUUAAUGAAGCUUUGAAAUUUAAGUAAUAAAAAAGAGAUCCCAUAAAUGCAUCUAAAAGUGUAAAAUAGAAAAAAACAUAAAUGAAAAUUUAUCUUGAAAAUCAAUACUAAAAUGCAUUAAAAUAGAUUAUGUAAGAGGUUAAUGUAAAUAAAGAUGAGGAUAACCUAUUUCUAAAAAAGAAAUUUUAGAAAAAAAUGAAAUUAAAUCCUUUUUUUAAUAAUUCUAAAAUUACUUCCUAAUACACAAAGAAAGCUAUUUCUUCUUCAUUUAUUCAUCCGGAUAGAUAAGAAUUUGUUAAUAAGACUUUAGAGAUAUAUGAUAGAUGCAAUACUUCUCUUAAUUGA